GAAAGUCAAAACAAUAGUGAGUUCCCAGGGUCAACAAAGCAAAACCUGUUAUUGGUUUUUUUUUGCCAAGCAGAUUAUUCAUUUGAAAUAUUGUUAUUGUAUGAGUGAAAGGUGUGAAUAGUUAGUUAGUGAAUAGUUUGUGAAGAUCAUAUUAUUUUACUUUGAAACGUGCUUCCAAGUUAUUUUAAAAAUUCGAGAUGUCGUCUGCUAUUUAUGAUAUAGAUUCGAUGGAUCAAACUACUGUGAAAAAAUUGAUGGACCGUCAUAAGGGGUUGAAUUCCAGUAUAAUUUAUUAUGCCUUGAGAAAAAAUUGUUGUUGUUAUUUGGCUCAGGUAAAAAGUUGAAAGUAUUUGAUAGCUUCACAAUGGUGUAAUGCACUCCUGUCCUUCUGAAAUCUACAUCACUGAGAUAACACAGAACUCAUUCAAUAUGAAAAUAGAACUUCUAUGAAUUAUAUUAUUCAUUUUGAUAAAUGUUGGUAGAUCUAUGAUAAAUGAGUGAUGGAAGCGGAUUUGGAGCUUAAGGAACGUAGAGGACAAAUAAAAAGAAAAGCGGUAUAUUCAAGUAAACAUAAAAUACCAAAAUAUGACCAAUACCUUAAUCUAAAUGAAAUAGAAGAAUGUAUCGAUGAUGUAUUAGCAGGUAGCAAAUUACUAAUAUUAAUAAGGGGGUUGCCCGGUAGUGGAAAAUCAUCACUAGCAACAUCAAUCCUAAAAGCUUGUCUGCCCAAUGCAGAACCUGCAAACCACAUACACAGUACAGAUCGUUUUUUCCUUCGCAAAGGAGUAUACACAUUUGACAGUUCAUUACUCUCUGAUGCACAUGCGUGGAAUCAGAAAAAUGUAGAUCGUAAAAUGUCGAUGGGAUUAAAACCAAUCAUUGUUGACAACACAAACACACAAUUAUGGGAGAUGAAGUCUUAUUUGGGUAUGGCUGUAAAGCACAAAUAUAAAAUCCGCGUUAUUGAUAUGAGUACAAGAUGGUCCUUAAAUAUUAACGAACUGAAAAAAAAAAAUCAGCACAAUGUUCCAAAAGUAAAUAUUGAAAAUAUGCUGUUGAGGUACGAAUCGAUGGGCAUCACAGGAGAACAGCUCUUGGAACAUUUCAAAUUUCCCCUUGGUUAUUUGUCACCAUCUAAUAAAGAAAAAUGCAGAAGAUCAAAAAUAAGUAAAGAAUUAAAGAGUAGUGAAGAAGAUUCAAGUUCCGACCAUUCUCCGGAAGAAAAACCUAGAAAUCAAGCAACUAAAGAUAAGCCAGCUACAGAAACUAUUAAACAUAACUUCGCAUUUUCUUGGGACACUGAAACUGGUGCUAUUGUUAAAUCUUGGACGGAUCUAAAUAUACCCCAAUCCAAUAAUAUUGUAAUUGAAGAAACUAAACCUGAUACUUGUGAAUCUAGUACAAAUACUUGCAUAGCUGAUUUUCAUGCGGAAUCAGCCAAUUCUAAAUGUAUAUAUGGAAGGUGUAGAGAAAUAAAUUCUGGCAAACAACAAACAGUACGCUAUAAGUCGGGAAUGUUGGACAAAAGCUGCUCAACACAGAAUGACGUUUGUUCAGAUAGGAGUGAAGAUCUCGAAAGGUUAAUCGAUGUUUUUCCGAAUAUUCCACCAAUGUAUAUAAGAGAUAUUUAUGACGAUUGUAAAGGCAAUUUCGACAUGACAUUUGAAAUUUUCUUGGAAGACAACAAAGAUUAUUCACAUUUAUCAUUCACUUCAGACAAUGUGAUCUCUAAGCCCUCUGAAGAGCAACAGCAACAGGAAAUGACCAAGUCUGUAUAUGAAGAAUUGUUGAACGAACCUUCUACUUCAACAGCCAGAGCAGAGAUGUAUGAAACAGAUGGAAUAACGACUCCGGAAUGUUGUAAUUCAGAAGAGGAGAUCACAGAUGUUUCUUCUCCAUUGGAGUCUGAUUCCGAUCAGUCGAGUGGACGAUUAAAAGGGUCCUCUACAAAUAGUGAAACCAUAAUGCUCGAUAUAAGUCAGAAAAUGGUCGAACAAUUGAGGGAAGAGUUUGGCUAUUCCUGUAAUGAUUGGCCUGCUGGUUUUCAGACUGAAGUUCAAGUGCCUAAAGUUUUGGCUAAACAGCUUUAUGCUUUUUACGUUGAAUCUAUUUAUCAACAAAUAGAUGCCCAGAAGAGCAUUCUAGAAUCUAUAACCAACGAAGAUGCAGCAUUUGCACAGAAAUUAUAUGAGGAAGAGAUAGGCAAGUUAUUCGGAACUCCCACUCCUGUUGAAGGAUUUAAAGAUAUUAUGAAUGAGCAAGCUGCAAUGAAGAUUCAACAAAAGGAAUUACCCAAACUGAAAACACCUAAUGAUUUAGCUUUCUUACUUUCAAAAAAGAAACUUUGCGAAGCUUUCCCAACCCUAGAAGAAAAACUUAUAUUGGAAGUAUAUCAUGCCAAUGAUUUCAAUUACCAACAAACAUUUGAUGAUCUGGCGAGUUCUCUUGGUGUCACUUGUGUUAACAGUGAACUGAGAGAACCUCCUAUUAGCCAGUCCACAUUACAAGAACUCCAGGCGGCACAAGAAGAUACUGAACAGUAUAAGGAUAAGUUAUCUUUGAAAUCCGAGGGUGAAAGCGAAAAAACCGCACAGGAUUAUCGGAAAGAUGCUGAUCACCACUUGAGAAAAAGACAGGAGCUCCACCAAAAGGCCCAAGAUUAUUAUAAAACAGGCCAGACAGGAGUGGCGAUGUUUUAUUCUGAAAUGGCUAAAGAGCAAACCCAAUUAUAUGACGAAGCGAAUAACAAAGCUGCUUGUCUUCUUCUUGAUAGAAAUGCAAAAUCUAUGAAGAAUAUAAAUGCUCUUGACCUUCAUCAUCUGUACGUGAAGGAGGCUGUGUCUGCCCUAGAUAUAUUUUUAGACAACAAAAUUGCGGAGUUGAAGACAUCUCAGAAACGUCAUCUGGAACUCCUGAUAAUAACUGGGCGAGGCAAUAGAAGUGUCAAUGGAGUGGCAAGGUUGAAACCAGCAGUCAGCCGGCGAUUACAGAGUAGACAAUUAAAAUACACAGUACUUAAUCCAGGAGUAUUGAAGGUAAAAAUAUUUAAGAGUUCCCGUGUCACUAAUGAUUUCAAGGAAAAAGGCCCAUAGCGUUAUUUUUAAAGUGAAACUACUAUUAACAUUGACUUUGUUUAUUCUGUUUUUUUUUACUUAAUUCAAUAUUUUCUUCAAGUGAUAUCUAUAUUAAUGACUAAGUCCUAUUUGUAGUCGGCAAAAUAUUUUGAAAAUUGUCAUUUGCUUUCGGUUGAAAUGAAAUAUUUCUCUUGAAGAUUAUUUAUUUUUCACACAUUCAAUGUCUAACUAUAUUCUUAUUUUAUGUUUUGAAAAAUUUUCGAUUUUUGGAAAUUUCAAAAACUGUAUUUAGUGUGAUUUUGAAAAUAGCUCAAUGUUCAUGUAUUUAUUGUUCGUUUAUAUCAAUUGCGUAUUUACUUUUAAUUUUUAGUUUUUCUAUGCUAAUAUGGACCUAAUAGUAUGUGAGUAGCAUAGGAGAUGACCAAUGACAUUUUCAGGUACAAAUUAGUUAUAAGAAAAGUUUACAUAUCUAUUUUUGAUAAUGUUAUGUUGGAAAAUAUCACCGCAUUGCCUUGUAUAUUUUAAAGACUUAUUAUGUGUUGAAUUGAUAGAAUAUGUACAUUUUGUUAAUUGCCUAGUGGUAUAUGUACAUUGAUAAGAGUAAUUUCACUUUUUACACCAUUAAAUAUGCCAUGUAUUUUUUAUGUAUAUUUUUAUAAAAUUAUAUAUCCAAUGUUAUUUCAUGAAUGUUUCAUUUGAAAGAUCCUAACUAUUAAUCAGAAAAGGAGUUCACCAAGAUAUGUAGUGAAAGAGAUUGAAAAAUUUAUAUAGCUUACUAUGUUACUAAUUUUUAUUUCAUAUUAUAUGAUCUCAAUGCUUGAUAAAGUCAUUUUUAAUACAAUAUUCCUAAAAUUACUACGUGAAAGAAUGAUCCAAUAUGACCUGGACGAUAAUUACAACAACUUUAGGACAACGGAUUCCAACAUAAUUGGUUUAUUAUUUUUGAUAAUUAUAAAUCGUUACCUUUAUCAAAAUUAAAGCUUUGUCUUGAACCAUAAAUAAGAGCUGAAAUUUUGUACCAAAUAGAUGGCUAAAUCAAAAUAUUUACCGAAACAUGAAAUCAUUGAAUCGAAAAAAAUUGCGAGUAUUUUUUGACAAACUUAAAAACUGCCUUAACAAUCCAAUAUGGUAGGUUGAAAUUAUCAAUUGCGUAUUUACUUUUAAUUUUUAGUUUUUCUGUGCUAAUAUGGACCUAAUAGUAUGUAUGUAGCGUAGGAGAUGACCAAUGACAUUUUCAGGUACAAAUUAGUUAUAAGAAAAGUUUACAUAUCUAUUUUUGAUAAUGUUAUGUUGGAAAAUAUCACCGCAUUGCCUUGUAUAUUUUAAAGACUUAUUAUGUGUUGAAUUGAUAGAAUAUGUACAUUUUGUUAAUUGCCUAGUGCCUUUUUAUACACCAUUAAAUAUGCCAUGUAUUUUUUAUGUAUAUUUUUAUAAAAUUAUAUAUCCAAUGUUAUUUCA